AUGGUUGCUUAUAGUUCGCAAAGUUAUUCCAUUAUCUUUGACAGCAUGGUGGAGGCGAGGGACGCAGAGCUGGCGUUUGCGACUGCAAUAGACGGCUUCGCCAGCAGCCACGAGGACUCACUCAGUGUGUCCAUAGGAGGGCCGGUGCUAACGCCCUUCAUAGACACACUGAAGGAGCUCAGGUCGCACAAGGACAUUCUCAAAUCACAGGUGGAGCACAUGCUGAUAGACCGUCUGGCCAAGUUCAAGGACACUGACCUGCACAAUCUCAAGGAGGUUCGGAAGCGGUUUGACAAGGCCAGCCAGCAGUACGACCAGAUGAGGGAGCGGUUUCUGUCAAUGAAGAAGGACACGCGCGCGGAGGUCAUGGGGGAGGCGGAGGACGACUUUCAGACCGCCAGGAUGCACUACGAGAAGGCCCGAUUCGCCCUUGUGGCAGCGCUGUCGAGCAUAGACUCGAGGAAGAAGUAUGAGUUCAUAGAGUCCAUUGCCUCCACCAUGGAUGCCCACCUGCGCUUCUACAAGCAGAGCUACGAGGUGCUGCAUGCACUGGAGCCGUACAUCCAUCAGGUGCUGACAUACGCACAGCAGGCGCGGGAGCAUGGGAACCAGGAGCAGGCGGUGCUGGGCGAGCGCAUGGGCGAGUACCAGCGCGACAAGGAGAUGGAGCUCGCCCGUGGGGACGAGAGCGCACAGGCCGCUGAGCGGAUAGGCGGGGGGGGCGGCGGGGGAGGGCCGUACCAGGCGCUGCUGGGGGCGGGAGGCAGCAACUCGCUGCAGAAGGCCAUCGAGCAGCUCAUGGCGUCCACUCCCAAGGGCAAGGUGCAAGUGAUCAAGCAGGGCUAUCUACUCAAGCGCUCCUCCAACCUGAGAGCGGACUGGAAGCGCCGCUUCUUUGUGCUCGACUCACGGGGAAUGCUCUACUACUACCGCAAGCAGCAGCCCAAACCCUCCCAGAGCAUGUUUCAGCUGCAGGGUCUGCUGCAUGCACGCUCGUCCACGCCCGACCCCAACCCCAGCCCCGGCAUGCCCCCGCUCUCCAUCUUCUCCCGCAUGCUCGCCCGCGACCGCGACGGCCCCACUGCUGGCGCCGCAGGGGGCAGCAGCAGCAGCAGUGGCGGCGGGCAGGGGGGAGUGCGGUCGGCGAGCUUUGGCACUCUUAUCGGCGACACGCCCUUGUCGCUGGAGUCCUUUCUUGGAGGCGGCGCAGCAGGGGGCUUCUCCCUGCGCCCCUCCCACUCCGCCUCCAACUCCAACUCCUCCACCCCAGCCUCCUCCCCUCCCCGCGACUUCGGCGGUUACGUCUCCUCGCUGCCCCCCUCCAUCUCCCAAGCGGGAGGCGGGGGGGAUGAUGGGGGGGGAGGAGGGGGCGGGGGCGGCGGGGGAGGGUCGGUGUCGAAUCACGUGCUGAACCUGCUGACAGCGACGAUAAAGAUGGAUGCGGAGCAGUCGGACCUGCGGUUCUGCUUCCGGAUCAUAUCGCCGGUGAAGACGUACACGCUGCAGGCGGAGAAUGGAGCGGAGCGCAGCGAGUGGAUGGACACCAUCACUGCUGUCAUCGCCACCCUGCUCAACCAGCAGCUCUCCAACCCGGCGCCCUCCUCCUCGCUCACCACGGGCAGCUCGCACCUGUCUAGCGACCCUUCGUCCUCAUGGCACCAAGCGCGGCCAUCAGACGGGUCCGCAACAGAUACAUCCUCUUCCUGUGCCACCGCAGCAGCACACGUGGACCGGCCUCUGCAGCUGCUGGCACACGUGGCGGGCAAUCGCUGCUGUGUGGACUGCGGGGCCCCCGACCCUGACUGGGCGUCGCUCAACCUGGGUGUGCUCAUGUGCAUUGAAUGCUCAGGCGUGCACCGGAACCUGGGCGUGCAUAUCAGCAAGGUGCGGUCGCUGACUCUGGAUGUGCGGGUGUGGGAGCCGCCAGUAAUUGCACUGUUCAAGGCGCUGGGGAACGAGUUUGCCAACACGGUGUGGGAGGAGGCACUGCCGCGCCACAGUGCAUGUGAGGCAGAGGCAGGGGAGCAAGGCGAGAGUGCAGAUUCCAGUAUGGAAGCACCCGCAGAAGCCACGGGGCAUGCAGCAGCGCAAGUGCAGGUUGGCCUCGGUGCCACCAAUUCCUCCUCUUCGUGUGCAGCAGAAGCAGGGAAGCCGUCCCCUGCCGAUCCAGUGGCUGUAAAGGAGCGGUUCAUCCAGGCUAAGUAUGUAGAGCGCAGGUUCCUAGUGUCUGGUACGCAGCAGUACGGUGGCAGGGAGGGAGCGGAGGAGCAACUGUGGCAAUCGGUGUGGGAUGGGGACUUGCAACAGGCAGCGAGAAUGCUGUUCAAUGCUGGGCUAGAUGUCAACAUGACACGCAGGAAAGGGGGAGCAGGUGAGAUGGUCGGAUGA